UCGGGAACAGAGCGUUAGAGCAGCAUCAAUACACCAAGGUAGCCGCCCGUCCGUCGAAGCGGAACGCCGGAGAUAAUGGCCGGCACUGACCACGGACAAGAAGUCAACCCAAACGAUCUCAGCGAAGAAGAAGAAGAAAUAGUAACUGGAAUGGGAUCCUACAAAGGCAAAGUAAGAAUGGUGAGAGGAGAUCCAUCUGAUGAGAUGAUGUUGCUGUGGGGACUUCAGCAACCCACUUUCUCUAAACCCAAUGCUUUCGUCUCUCAGUCUUCUCUCAACCUCUCAAUUGACGCUUGUGGCCGUUGUAUCUCCAUUUCUCAGUCCCCUUCUUCACUGGGUACUCCAGGAGUAACCGGAUCAGUUAUGUGGGACAGCGGAAUUGUUUUAGGAAAGUUUCUAGAACAUGCAGUGGAAAAAGGAUUACUUGUUCUUCAAGGCAAGAAGGUUGUUGAACUAGGCGCAGGCUGCGGUUUAGCUGGUUGUAUUGCAGCUCUUUUAGGUUCUCAAGUUAUCCUUACAGAUAUGCCAGACCGAUUAAGGCUUCUAAAAAAGAACGUUGAAGAUAAUUUAUAUGGAGACGUACGAGGUUGUGCAACGGUUAAUGAACUCACCUGGGGCGAUCGCCCUGACCCAGAAUUAGUUGAACCUUUACCUGACUUUGUGAUUGGAUCGGAUGUGAUCUACAGUGAAGAAGCCGUGACAGAUUUGUUAGAAACUCUAGUAGAUCUCAGUGGGACCGAAACAACGAUUAUUCUGGCUGGAGAACUUCGAAACGAUGCUGUUCUUGAAUGCUUUAUGGAAGCAGCAAUGGAGGAUUUCAUCAUAGGUCGAGUUGAUCAAUCUGGUUGGCAUCCAGAUUAUCGUAGUCCACGUGUUGCUAUGUAUGUGCUCGUUAAGAAGCUGGAUAGCACGGUAACCGCGUGUUGAAUACACCAUCAGUUAGCCCAAGAGGCCGAGACCCCUUAUUUUGUAAACAUAUAGGUCGGAUUUUAUUUUUUUAGUCUGUUCGGUUAUAGAAGAUUUUGUAAUCGCAUAUUUUUAUGAUCGUUUUUAUACAUAUAGCAAUCUCACCAUGUUUGUCUU